AUGUACACCCCUUUUGCCCGGCUCUUAGAGGCCCUACUGACGCCCCCAGGCCACCCCUCGGCGAAUCCGCUAUUACUGGCAAUCGAGGCCGCAAGCGAGCCCAACAGCUACCUACUACUACUCAUAAACGCGUCGGUACCCUCGCACUCAGUUGAACAAGAGGAGGAUCUACAACAGGCGAAUGCGGAGAACACUACGGAGACAGUCAUCAGCAGCAGUGACACAACAGGCCUACUCUCCACGGUCUCACACCAAUCCACUCAGCCAGUGCAAGAGAAGUCAAUACAGCAGGCGAAUACGGAGAACACUACGGAGAAACCAAGCGGCAACAAGGCCCCCAGCACCAAGAACACGGCUCAGCUCUCCAAGAUCCCACGAGUAAGAGGAGGAACUACAACAGGCAAAUGCGGAGAACACUGCGGAGAAACCAAGCGGCAACAAGGCCACCAUCGUCAAGAACACGGCUCAGCUCUCCAAGAUCCCACGUCAUAUCAGUCAUCCACUCAGUCAGCCACUCAGCUAGCCACUCAGUCUGAUACUCUACAAGAGGAGGAGCAAGAGGAGGAACUACAACAGGCAAAUGCGGAGAACACUGCGGAGAAACCAAGCGGCAACAAGGCCACCAUCGUCAAGAACACGGCUCAGCUCUCCAAGAUCCCACGUCAUAUCAGUCAUCCACUCAAGGAGGAGCAAGAGGAGGAACUACAACAGGCAAAUGCGGAGAACACUGCGGAGAAACCAAGCGGCAACAAGGCCACCAUCGUCAAAAACACGGCUCAGCUCUCCAAGAUCCCACACCAAUCCACUCAGCCAGGGCAAGAGAAAUCACGACAGCAGGCGAAUGCGGAGAACACUGCGGAGAACACUGCGGAGAUAGUCAUCAGCAGCAGUAACACAAUAGGCCUACUCUCCACGGUCUCACACCAAUCCACUUAG